UAAUAUGUAUCUAUUAAUGAAGUUUAAUAUAUAUCUAUUAAUGAAGUCUGUUAAUGAAGUCGAAACAACCUGGUAAUGAAGUGAGUUUCCAUUUUUUUUUCUUUUGAGGGUUUUUCAAUUUUUGGUGAAGAACACACGAAUACUCGAAAACAUCAACUACUUGUUUAUUCAAGAAUGAGUGAUAUUAGCGUAUAUAUCACGUCUGAUUUGACUUCCUCAGAGAGGAGGAUCAGCCCCCAGUGGGACUUGCACUACUUGAAAACCAAAUUGGAGUUGAUUACCGGGAUUGUGCCCAAAGAUCAAAUCAUCCAGCAUUACCCAAUUGCAUCAUCAGAUGAAAAGAGAAUCAUUUCCAGUAACGAAAAGUAUUCGAAGGAGCAGGACGAGCAGAUCAGAGUGGCGCAGUUUGAGAUAGGGCCGUACAGUCGACUUCACGUCAUUGACACCAAUCCCGAUUCUCAAUUGCAAGGAUUAGAAGAAGAACAAGUGGAAGGAUUCAAACUAUCGGAGGAAGAGUACGCCAAAAAAUCCAAUACCGUAUUAAGAUGGAAAAAGGAUAACCAAUUGGGUAGAUUUGACCCCCAAUUUGAAGCUGAAAAGCAAAAAAAAUUACAAGAAAACUUGAAAAUUUCAGAAAAUAUCAAGGUGGGUGACCGAUGCAGGGUCAUCAACAUCCAGGGCCAGAGAUUGGGGACCGUCAAGUACGUUGGGGAGAUCAAACUGCUCGACUCGGACGGGAAUAUCUGGGUUGGGGUUGAAUUCGACGAACCGUUGGGCCGUAAUGACGGUCUGAUCGACGGCACCAAAUACUUUGACGCCAGACACAACCACGGUAGCUUCUUGAAACCAAAACAGGUGGAAGUCGGCGACUUCCCUGAGGAAGACCCCUUUGCCAGUGACGAUGACGAAUUGUAGCUUGUUUAGCAGAAUAGCUAGUAAUACAUUUUUGCAGUAAACCAAAACCCAGCGCCCG